GUAAACGACAUAAAAUGAAGUAAAUCCCUAACCGAGUGCGUUUGCACCCACAGGGAGCGGAUGAAGCUGCCCUACAUGGCCGAGCAGUUUGAGCAGAUGAUGAAGAUUUCCAGCGAGUUCGUCCGGCUGCAGGUUUCCCACGAUGAGUAUUUGUGCAUGAAGGUCCUCCUGCUGCUCAGCACAGUACCUAAGGACGGCCUGAAGAGUCAGGCGGUGUUCGAGGAGAUCCGCAUGUCGUACAUUAAGGAGCUGGGGAAAGCCAUUGUGAAACGCGAGGAGAACUCCAGCCAGAACUGGCAGCGUUUCUACCAGCUCACCAAGUUGUUGGACUCCAUGCAUGAGAUGGGCGGCGGGUUGCUCAGCUUCUGCUUCUACACCUUUGUGAACAAGUUCCUGAGCGUGGAGUUCCCCGAGAUGCUGGCGGAGAUCAUCAGCAAUCAGUUACCAAAAUUCAAGGCUGGGAGCGUCAAACCUCUCCUCUUCCAUCAGAGAUGACUGUUUCCUGUAGCAAACACAAGGCCUUAAAGUCCCGCCACAUCACCUCAGCAGCUCGACACAACUCACCCCCUCCUCCUUCCCCCACCCCCAUCCCGCCACCCUCCAGACAAGCAAAGAAUAAAGAGCAGACUACCUAACGCCAGGAGAGGACGACGUUUUCAGGAAACGAGCAUCGGCGUGACGGGCGCAAAUGGUCUGGUGGGAUAAAGCGACGUUUGUGUAGGAAGCAGACGGCGAGCGCGCCACGUUUUGCUUUGUUCAAGAGUCUAAGAUAUAGUGUCUAAUAAGAGUAGGAACUGUUUGUAAAAUCUAAUCGCAGAGAGAAAUAAUAG